CGCAAGCGCUCUAAGGGAUGAGCGUACAGAAGAAGCACUGAAACAGAGAGACAGGAGCAGCAGCAUUGUUGCGGCUAUUUGUGCACUCUCGUCUGUCAGUGUGUGUGCGCGCGUGCCUCUGUGCAUCCGUCCCCUCUCUACCUGAGCUGGCUCCCCAUCGACACACCUCUCUAUGUAACGGCUGUCGAUUCCUCUCAAUAGCAACAGCUGGCAGGAACUGAUCAUGUCCCGGCGAAAGCAGAGAAAUCCCAGGCAAAUCAAACGACCACUUGAAGACACAAUUGAGGAUGAUGAGGAAGAAUGUCUGUCUGAAGAAAAUGAUACAAUUAGCAGAGGAGACUACACACUUGAUGAAAACUUCUCAGCAGACUAUGGCUCAGAACACCUCAGUUGUGAAGAAACAGAAAAUUACUGCAGUAAAGGUGAUGAAAAUGGCAUUAGGGAAACAGCUCAGUCAGAUGGAGAAAAGCCAGGCCGUUCCAAUUUGGAGCUUGAAGACUGGAAUGGACCAGACUCGUACAAAUUUACAGCACUGAAGGAGCCCAUUUGGUCCAUCAUGUCUACACUGGUUAACAAUAGUCUGACAACACCAAUCCUAUUUUCCACCUCUUGUCCUAUAGCCCUGGAGUCUAUAGCAAAGCAGGAUAGAAGAGAAAAGAGAAGUGGAAAGCUCUCGUGGUGCUGCUUCCUGGACUUCACCUUCUUCAUCUCCACCUUCCAAUUCCCCCUCAGCGACAAAUUUUUGUAG